AAUAAGUACCGACUUUUUCAAGAAAAAUAUAAAUACCGAACAAUACACAGACACAAGUUUGUGAUAAUAAUAAUAAUAAUGUCAGAUGAUGAAGAAGUGGCUUAUGUUAAGAAAACGAAAACUAUCCAUUACGGUUCUUUAGAAGAUACCGAAAAAGCGAGGUUAGCUGAGUUAGAAAUAAAUGGUAGUACUAACGAAGAUGAUGCCUCCAAGAAUUCUGUACAAAAUUCGGCACAGAUUAACAUUUCCAAUGAAUAUAUGGAAUUGGAAGACAAUAUAUCGAAAGAAAAGCAAGCUCUCUUGGAAGAAUUCGAAAGAAGAAAAAAGGCCAGACAAAUAAACGUAUCAACGGAUGAUGCUGAAGUGAAGCGAAACUUAAGACAACUUGGGGAACCAAUUUGCCUUUUUGGAGAAGGGCCAGCUGAUCGAAGGAAUAGACUAAGAGAAAUUUUGUCUUGUAUAGGUGAAGAUGCAAUUAUUAAACGAGAGGUUCAGGAAGAGAAAAAACUUCUUGAAAAGGAUCAAGAAACAACAUGGUAUCAUGAAGGACCAGAAACUUUAAGAAUUGCAAGAUUAUGGAUAGCAGAAUAUUCUUUGCCAAGGGCCAAGGAACGUCUAGAAGAAGCUAAACUCAUGAAAGAUUUACCACCUGCUACUAAAACAGCCCGUUGGCAAGAAUUACAGAAAAAGUUGCAGAGCAUAACUAUACACAGCAGUCAAAUUGGUGACACAAGACCUAUAUCAUUCUGUCAGUUCAGUCCUAAUUCAAAAUUACUGGCCACAGCUUCAUGGACUGGUGUAUGUAAAUUAUGGUCUGUACCCGAUUGUGAAUUAAAGCAAACCCUCAAGGGGCACACAUGUAACGUCGGUGCUAUAGUAUUUCACCCCCAAGCCACUUUAACCCAAGAAAAAAAUGUCUGCAACAUGGUAACAUGUGCUUCAGAUGGAUCGGUGAAGUUAUGGAACUUUGAAAGUGAUGAACCAAUAGCGGAUAUUGAGGGUCAUAUGCCUCAUAGAGUGUCAAGGGUCGCAUUCCAUCCUUCUGGGAGAUUUUUAGGCACAUGCUGUUUUGAUUGCUCAUGGAGACUUUGGGAUCUUCAACAGUGCACUGAAGUGCUGCAUCAAGAAGGUCACGUUAAACCAGUGUAUUGCAUCAGUUUCCAAGUUGAUGGGUCUGUGUGUGCAACAGGGGGUCUUGAUUCUUUUGGUCGUGUUUGGGAUCUACGUACAGGACGUUGUAUAAUGUUUAUGGAGGGUCAUUUAAAGUCAAUUUAUGGCAUUGAUUUUUCUCCGAAUGGAUAUCACAUUGCUACAGCAAGUGAAGACAAUACUUGCAAAAUUUGGGACUUGCGGAAGAGAAACCUUUUGUACACAAUUCCUGCUCAUACUAAUCUGAUAUCGGAUGUGAAAUUCCAAAAAGGGGCCGGUGAUUACUUAGUAACUGCUUCAUACGAUAACACUGUGAAAAUAUGGACGAGCAGGACGUGGCAACCUUUAAAGACGCUUUCAGGACACGACGGAAAAGUUAUGAGCGUCGACAUUUCGUCUGAUGAUCAAUUCAUCGCAACUAGUUCGUAUGAUAGGACGUUUAAGUUUUGGGCACCCGAGUGAUUAAUUAAUUACAAUGUAAUAAUUAUUAUUAACUCGAGUAUGAAGUUGAUUACUGUGGAUAAUCGUAAUUAGUGUUUUUUAUAUAAAAAUAAAAUAUGUAUAAGAAAUAAUUAAUAUAAAUUUAUGGAAUACGUUCCCUCUAUUUACCACUAAAUAUAAGGCAAAGAAACGAUGAAUUCUAUGUUUAAUUAUAGUCCCAAGUAACAAAUUACAAAAAUGUAAAUUUAUCAAAUUUAGCAGUUCUGCUUCCGUCAACAUGAAAAUAUUUUAAU